GCACACUACCAUUUGGACUCCACUUCUAUUAAAAAAUAGUACUCUAUUCACAGCCGUCCGAUCAUAUAAUCCAACGGCUUACAGAAAAACCCUAAGGCGUGGCCAACACUUCUCAAUUAUUUUUAUCUAUAAAGCCUCUCGAGCAGCUCCUCUCUCCCUCAGUCUCUUUCGAUAGUUCUCGAUCUCUCUCGUUCUUCAUAUUCGAGCGAGAGAUUUCUCUGCAAUUCUUCUUUGUUUUCUCUGAUCAGAUUUGUGUUGAGCUAUGGGUAAGGAAAAGGUUCACAUCAACAUUGUUGUCAUUGGCCAUGUCGACUCUGGAAAAUCGACCACCACUGGACAUUUGAUCUAUAAGCUUGGUGGGAUUGACAAGCGUGUUAUUGAAAGAUUCGAGAAGGAAGCUGCUGAGAUGAACAAGAGGUCUUUCAAGUAUGCUUGGGUGCUUGACAAGUUGAAGGCUGAGCGAGAACGUGGUAUCACCAUUGAUAUUGCCUUGUGGAAGUUCGAAACCAACAAGUAUUACUGCACUGUCAUUGAUGCUCCUGGACAUCGUGACUUUAUCAAGAAUAUGAUUACUGGAACGUCUCAAGCUGAUUGCGCUGUUCUCAUCAUUGACUCCACUACUGGUGGUUUUGAAGCUGGUAUUUCCAAGGAUGGGCAGACCCGUGAACAUGCUUUGCUUGCUUUCACCCUUGGUGUCAAGCAAAUGAUUUGUUGCUGUAACAAGAUGGAUGCCACCACCCCAAAAUACUCUAAAGCGAGGUAUGAUGAAAUUGUGAAGGAAGUUUCUUCUUACUUGAAGAAGGUCGGGUACAACCCUGAUAAAAUUGCUUUUGUCCCCAUUUCUGGAUUUGAGGGUGACAACAUGAUUGAGAGGUCCACAAACUUGGACUGGUACAAGGGCCCAACCCUUCUUGAUGCCCUUGACCAGAUCAAUGAGCCAAAAAGACCCUCAGACAAGCCCCUUCGUCUCCCACUUCAGGAUGUGUACAAGAUUGGUGGUAUUGGAACUGUGCCCGUGGGACGAGUUGAGACUGGUACUCUGAAGCCUGGAAUGGUUGUAACUUUUGGCCCCUCUGGUCUGACGACUGAAGUCAAGUCUGUUGAGAUGCAUCACGAGUCUCUUCAAGAGGCGCUUCCUGGUGAUAAUGUUGGCUUUAAUGUCAAGAAUGUUUCUGUGAAGGAUCUCAAGCGUGGUUAUGUGGCCUCAAACUCCAAGGAUGAUCCUGCCAAGGGAGCUGCCAGCUUCACAUCUCAGGUCAUCAUCAUGAACCACCCUGGACAGAUUGGUAAUGGAUAUGCUCCAGUCCUCGACUGCCAUACCUCUCACAUUGCUGUCAAGUUUGCUGAGCUCUUGACCAAGAUUGACAGACGGUCUGGAAAGGAGCUUGAGAAGGAGCCUAAGUUCCUGAAGAAUGGUGAUGCUGGGAUGGUGAAGAUGCUUCCAACCAAGCCCAUGGUGGUGGAGACUUUUGCAGAGUACCCUCCUCUUGGAAGGUUUGCUGUCCGUGAUAUGAGACAGACUGUUGCAGUUGGUGUCAUCAAGGCUGUUGACAAGAAGGAACCAACUGGUGCCAAGGUUACCAAGGCAGCAGUAAAGAAGGGUGCCAAGUGAAUUGCUGUUUUUGCAGUUUUCAUCUCCAUGGUGAAAGUUAUCUCUAUUAUGCGUCUUCUAUGUUUGUUUCUGAACUUAUUAGCAAUUUUGGUAAUGAUUACAUAUAGUCUUUCAUUUCCGUACUCUAGCCUCACUUGUGAGGAUAAUGGAGGUGUUGAGCAAUUGAGUUGUAACAGACUUGAUUGCUUGGCAAAUGGAUGUGGAAGGCUGUUGUAUAACAUUGCUUGUUAUGGUUUUAUAGUGAGGUGUAGUUGGUCGUCGGUGAACUUUUUUAUAUUGUUAUGAGACUUAUGCCAGUUUAAUUUAUAGUCUAUUGUCUUAUAA